UCGAAUUCAUGUCAGUUUUCGCGAGAAGAAGAAGCCGAGCGUCGACCUCCCCGUGACGCAAUUAGGAGAAAUGGCCCUCGUCCUCAGAAUUGCGAGCAGAGGGUGCUCGUUUGCGCACACGAAGCCUAUAUCUCUGCAGGGGCCUUUUGCUACACAAUGGAUGAGAGUCAGCACCACGUCGUCCUGCUUGGCCCUGAAGCCGCAGUCGGCGGAAGACUUUUGGGCCAAAAAUAAACGUCUGCGUCGCCCCGUUUCGCCUCAUCUCACUAUUUAUAAACCGCAGAUUACGUCGAUGUUGUCGUUGACCCACAGAGCAACUGGCCUUGCUCUGUCCGUCGUUAUGUCUGGAUUCAGUAUCGGUAUGUUGGCUCUUCCAAAUUCAUACCCAUUCUACUUGGAUUUGAUCCAGUCCAUGCAGUUCGGUGGUUUUAUAAUUUUCGGAGCUAAAUUUGCCUUAGCCAUGCCGUUCAUGUACCAUUUAAACAAUGGCAUUCGGCAUUUGGUUUGGGACCUUGGCUACGGAUUCACCCUAAGAAACACUUUACAAGACCGGUUACUUUGUCAUGAUCCUGUCGAUACUAAUGGCAGGAGACUGGCAGCUUUGUAAAGAUGGUCAACUCGGGCAGUAGGUGGUCAUUACAAAAUAAGGGGGUUCUAGUGAGUAAUAUAUGUUAACUAGGUUUUGGAGAUGAUGAUUUGGAUGUACAUUAAUUUUUAACGAUCGUU